AUGUUGAAUAAACAGCAAACAUACCAAGAUCAGUCACUAGAAAACAAUAUUGUAGACCAUAAUAUCGCAGAACAGUCAAAUGAAGAUCCGUUUUAUACAUCAUUGGACGAAGACAAGACUUGGACACCGAACGAAACACCACAAGCUGCAAAAUUGGGUACUAAGAAAUCAGAAGAAUUAGCUAUGGCAUAUCCAGGUCUAUAUCCAGACUACGUCCAUGCCUUGGCAGCAGCUACUCAAGCUGCUUCUUUGGCCGGAGCUGGUCACCAUACUCAGCACCAGCCUCCCAAACGAAAACGACGUCAUCGCACUAUCUUCAGUGAAGAGCAACUUGAACAACUUGAAGCUACAUUUGAACAAACGCAUUAUCCAGACGUGGUGCUCAGAGAACAGUUAGCGUUAAAAGUAGAUUUAAAAGAGGAGAGGGUUGAGGUAAGUUGA